AUGAUCCCAUACGGGGGCCAACCAUUUCACCCCCAACAGCAGCAAUCUCAGCAGCAGCAGCAGCAGCAACAACAACAACAUCAACAACAUCAACCAUCUCAAGCGCAACAUCCUUUGAGUGGUGCGCGCCAGCAUAUUCCGUCGCCGUCGCUGGCCGCGGCGCCGAAUCUGCCGCAACAUGGCAGUCCAUUUCCAGGGAAUAAGCCGCUGUUCAGAGCGCAACCGCAGCAACAGUUUACCUCGCAGUCGCCUGACUUGCACAAGAUGGCGCCGACCUCGGGUCCCUUACCAGGGUAUCCGACGCCAACUAGAUUCGCGCAGUUUCCUGCUCAUUUUGCUCCACAAGGCUCCCCGGACUUGAUGGCUAGGAAUCAUGAUCCUAUGGCUAUGCAGAAUUUACAGCGAGGCUUUAAUCCUAUGGCUCAUUUACAGAGGCAACCUGGAAUGAGCCCACCAACGGGCAUGUCUCAUCAGCAUGGCAUGAAUAUGCCAUCGCCACAGCAGUCGUUUAACGGGCUUCCCCGCGUGGGGGUGCAUCAGCGAGAGAACCAUCCCUCUGCUAGUCCUUCCAUGGCCAGUCCAUCUAUGAAUGCUAUUUACCAGCAGCGGCAGCCUCAGUCGCAACCGCAGUCUCCUCAACAGACACAGCAGCAGUUGCAACAAAGGCAACAUCAGCAGUUCCAACAACAACAGGAGCGUAUUCAUCAGCAGCGAUUGGAGCAGCAGAAACUCCAACAGCAACAGCAGCAACAGCAGCAGCAACAGCAACAGCGUUUGGAACAACAGCGUCUUGAGCAGCAACGUAUAGAGCAGCAAAAACAGGCUGAGCAGCAGAAAUUGGAGCAACAGAAGCGGAUGGAGGAACAACAAAAAGCUGAGCAGCAGAAGCGACUUGAACAGCAACGUCUUGAGCAAGAGCGCAUGGAGCAACAACGCCUGGAGCAGCAACGCCUAGAGCAGCAACGUUUAGAGCAGCAACGUUUGGAGCAGCAAAGGCAACAUCAACAACGAAUGGAACAACAGCGCCGCGAACAGCUCGAGCAACAGCUGGAACAGCAGAGGAUGCAAAAGCUACAAGCAGCUCAAGCACAUAAUCCUUAUCAGCAGCAACAUUCUCCUUUCCCGCAACACGCCCAAACCCAGUUCCACCAAUAUCAUCCUCAGCCCCAGCAACAGGGCCAAUAUACCCCACAAUUGCCUCAGUUCACUCAGCCUUCUCAGCAUCCUCAGCAUCCUCAGUUUUCUCAGUCACACGCGCAGUUCCAGCACUAUCAGCCACCGUCACAGCCUUCGGCCGAGCCACAAAGGCCCCAUGUGGCAGCACCUCAGACAUCUGCUGGUAAUGCCGCUAAAAGCGAAGAGCAAAGCCCUGCUCCGAAAAAGAAGUCCAAGCCCAAGGGUCGACCGCCGGGGCCUGCUCAGCCCCAAGCAACUCCCCAACCUGCUCAAGUACAACCUCCAAUGGGACAACCUCCAAUGGGACAACCUUCAAUGCAGGGCGUUCCUCCUGCCGCACCACUCAACACACCUGUCCAACCAAGUGGGCAGACACAGGCACCCGCUGCUUUGAUGGCUGGCGGUGAACAGCCGGCAACACCGGCCCCAAAGCGGAAACGUGGACGGCCACGGAAAGAGGAAGUCGCGGCCAGGGCGGCUGCCGCAGCUGCGCAGGCGGCGGCAAAUGGCCAACCCAUUCCCUCUUCUCAACCAGGACAAGCAUCCUUCACGUCAAAAAUGACGCCGACCGCUCCAGGCUCUGUAAGCAUCCAAACUCCCAUCAUCGGUCCAGACGGUACUCCGCUGCCCAUGAAGCGGAAGCGUGGUCGUCCCCGCAAGGCGGACCAGAUCGCGUGGGCCGCUGCAACUGGCCAACCUUUGCCACCGCCAAAGCCGAAGAAGCCAUCAACAGCCAAGAAACCGACCGGCACCGGUCGACCGCGCGGUAGGCCUCGCAAGGCGGACGUUGCUGCCGCCGCCGCCGCCGCCGCUGCGGCUGCUGCAGCUGCUGCAAGUGGUGAUCAAGCACAGGUGGAGAACAAACCUCCGGGUGAGCAUGUGGACACGAACACAGCUCAGAAGCGCGCAGCACCGACUGAUAACGACCCACGCAAGCGGCCUUGCCCAACCCCGCCGUAUCCUCAGGGACAGCAUCUGCCACCACAGAGCCAGCAUUUAUCGCAAAGCCAAGCUCGUCCACAGGGCCAACCGAUGCAGCAGCCCGGUCAACCGAUGCAGCAACCGCAGGGACACCACAUGCCUCCGCAUGCCCAGCACAUGACAACGCAGCCAGGGCAGCAUAUGUCCCCUCAGCCUGGCCAACACCUGGCACAGCAGGGCCACCGGCCACCAGGCCAGCUACCCCCGCAGCCAAACCAGCCCAUGUCAAUGCCGCACAUGCCGAUGCACCAACAGCUCCCACCUCAUCCACCACGCCCUCAUCCCUACAUGCAAAUGCCACCAAUGCAACAAAUGCAACACCCGCAGUCCGUUCACGGCCACCCCCAACCUCAGCCCCAGGUCCUACCCCAAGCCCAACUCCAAGCCGGCCAACGAACCCCGGCACAGCAGGGCCGCGCACCACCAGCCCCAGCACCACAGCACCAACACCAACACACCUUCCAGAUUCAGCUCCAACCCCAGCCAACCUGA